UGAUGACCAGCCCUCCAGGCCAGAGUGGGUGGGAACUGUUUCCAAGUUUCAAGCCCACAGACCCUCCUCCCUUAGGGGAGAGAAGGGAGGAGCUUUUGCCGUGGCCCCGCCCCUGCCUUGCCUUUAUCUCCCCGCGCACUACCAGUGGCCUGCCAGGCAUCCCAUAAUGUGCGCUGCAGCGAUGGGGAAGGCAAGAGGAGAUGAGGCCUACUUCCAGAGGAGCAGUCUGUUCUGCGUUACUGUCAUCAUCCUCUCUUUUGGCUAUUACACGUGGGUGCUCUUCUGGCCUGAGAGUGUUCCUUAUCAGAGCCUGGGACCCCUGGGCCCCUUCACUCAGUACUUGCUGAAGCAUUAUCACACCCUCAUGCAUGGUUGUUAUUGGCUUGCCUGGAUGAUUCACGUGGGAGAGUCGUUGUAUGCCAUUGUAUUGUGCAAGUAAGUGUUUUUAAUUGAUCUUUGUUGCUUU